AUGGCUUCAGUUUCCUCAAACCCCAGAACUGUGGAAGAGAUCUUCAAAGAUUACAGCGCCCGUCGAACCGGCAUAGUUCGUGCCCUAACAGCAGAUGUGGAUGAAUUUUAUGGACUCUGCGAUCCAGACAAGGAAAAUUUGUGUCUAUAUGGUCAUUCAAAUGAGUCAUGGGAGGUGGCUCUUCCAGCUGAAGAAGUACCUCCUGAGCUUCCAGAGCCUGCACUAGGGAUCAAUUUUGCUAGGGAUGGGAUGAACCGUAGAGAUUGGCUUUCGCUGGUUGCUGUGCACAGUGAUUGUUGGUUGCUCUCUGUCGCAUUCUAUCUUGGUGCUCGGCUCAACAGAAAUGAAAGGAAGCGUUUAUUCAGCUUAAUCAAUGAGCAACCCACUGUGUUUGAGGUUGUAACGGAUAGGAAACCUGCCAAAGAAAAGCCCAGUGCAGAUAGUGGAAGCAGAUCCCGUGGCAGCACAAAGAGGUCCAAUGAUGGCCAGGUUAAAAGCAACCCAAGGUUGGCAGAGGAAAGCUAUGAGGAAGAAGAUGAUGAGCAUAGUGAAACACUCUGUGGAAGCUGUGGCGGAAACUAUAAUGCAGACGAGUUUUGGAUUGGUUGUGACAUCUGCGAGAGGUGGUUCCAUGGGAAGUGCGUGAAGAUUACGCCUGCUAAAGCUGAGAACAUAAAGCAAUACAAAUGUCCAUCUUGCAGCUUGAAGCGAGGGGGCAGGAUAUAG